UCCGGGCGGACUCGGUGUCCCAGGCGUUGUUGGAAGAGCUAAUUGGCGGUGAGACGUCCGUCAUUUGCUCGCAUGCGAUGGGCGAAUUUGGACUCUAUUGGAAUUCGAGAGAUCAUCCACGGACCUGCCGGAGUUCCAUUUGUCGCCCAGCCGUCUCGAGACCUUGUUGGAUGCGUUGGAUGCCCAACGGCUCUGCUAUAAAGCUGGGCUGUCCUUCUUUGCGCCGAAAGCUGAGCCAGCCAUUGUCUCUUUAACUGCUUCCCAUUGCUCGCCCGAAUCCUAUCCUCCAGCCCUCCGUGAUGACCCAGCCGGCUCCCAGAAGGGUUUUGGUAGAUCUGGACAAUAUCGAGUUCUACCGGCCCCAGCCGCCCUCAAAAUCACUGCAGCCAGAAUCGGCUCUUUCUAUCCUCCCGGGCGUGGCUACUCGCAAAACUCUCCCUCGCGGCGAUAGUGCCCUGCUUUUUGACCGUCCGUAUGGGUGGAAUUCUUCAUGCAAUCCUACGUCGUUGAAUUCAUUUGAUAUCGAGUUGGCCAGGUGCGCGAACGCAGCAUCACUGGCGACAAGUUCCCCUACAGAUGACGAACUCAUGCUGAGUGAACCUGGAAACGAGGCUCUUAAUGCCUCCACAUCCUUGCCGACUUCGUCUCCCUCGCUCUCGAGCUCCCUAGAACCAACAGAUCUGCCAGGCCCCUUUGGAAGUACGGCAAGUCAAGAAAGGAUUGAAAUCCCUACAGGACUUGACGGUCAUAGCCCUCUAUCUCCGGAAGUACAGGAGCGGGAUCAGCCUCCGGAUAUACAGCCUUGCGUCUCACAUCCCGACGAGCCCAGCGUAGACAACCGGCGCUGUUCGAGUGCCUCGCACUUCGACAACCACGACAACCACGACUUGAAUAUUCGCGGGACCCCAUCCAGCCAUACAGAACAGAACGUUCAAAGCAACAAGCCUCCCGGAGAGCGAGAAAACGACCAGGUUCUUUUGGGUGCUGGCCCACAGCAGCUGAAGCAAAAUAUCUCAAUACCAGCCUUGAGCGAGGGGGAACCACUUCUGAACGAUCAACGAGCGCCUUCGAUCCGUGUUGUUGACUCUGGCCCAGAAGGCCAACUCCAUUCAGAGUCGGAUAGGUCCCUUUCGGCGGAGUCCAUGAAAGCACCAGUUCGUCAGAGAAGUUCGAUGCCUCCUCGCAAGGUAGCUGCUGUUGCCCCGAGUCUAGAGCGGCCAUCCACAAUCACAAAGCCGCCCCGGCGAAAGUCCUUUGAAGUCGCCCAGGCACGAAUUGUUGGACGGAGAAACCGGCCCCGUCGCAGCUGCCAGCCCGAAUUUGAUAUUGUUCAGCACGACCGCGGUCGUGACUGCCCUGACCUGGAAGAGAGCCUGUGUUGCACAAAGAGACGCAAACGUGCCACUCGACGUGCAAGAAAAGUGACCAGCUGCCCAUCUUCAGGACCGAUUGGGCAGUCGCUAGGUAGCUUAGCGUCCUCCGCGAGGUCGGCGGAGUCCUACCACAGCCAAGAUAUUCUGGGGCUUGCCGUCCUUACUGUCGAGACUCAUGCGUUGGGGACCUCGUACUUUUUCUCCUUCGAGCCAAGUUCACCAAAUGAGCUGGACGCACCGCAACUUCGAUUCUCUCUUGACGAGCCGCGCCGCCUGACGGCCCCUUCAUCCACGCAUUCUUCCUACGAUUACAUGCAACCCCCUCGACGAGCGAGAAUGGGAGGUGGAGCAGAUCCUGGCGUCCCGGGUAUGGAGAGGAAAGCUGCAAUAUCAGGCUCAGUGGAAAGGAUGUGAUCCCGACCUUACCUGGUAUCCAGCCCGCGGGUUCAAGGGUGCUCCGUAUAAGAUCCAGAACUUCCACGGCGUGUUUGCAGAUCAACCGGGGCCCCCGAAAAGGUUGAGGGAAUGGCUAGAAGCUUGGGAGGCGGGGCAAGACCUUGACGAUGUCCCAGAUGAUGACCUUCCAGAGUAACAUG